AUGGUGGGAGCCGGCGCGGGGAAGCGCCUCAAAUCUCUGCUGAGGAAAGAUGAUGCGCUGCUGUUUUUAGAUGACAUCAGCGCCGUUGACUUCUCGGAUGAGGUGGUGCACGAGAGGCUUUCUCGGUUUAACAAACUUCGAGUUGUGGUGGCCGAUGAUGGGCCUGAAGUCCCGGAAAGGCCUGUUAACCGGGCGCACCCUGCCCUUCAGGCCGACGACGCCUUAUUGGACCAGGACUUAGCUUUGACCAACAGUCAGCUGAGCCUGAAGAUGGACCCCUGUGACAGCUGCAGCAAGCAGAGAGAGUUACUGAAGCAGAGAAAGGUGAAAACCAGAUUGACCAUUGCUGCAGUUCUUUACUUGCUUUUCGUGAUUGGAGAACUUGUAGAAAUAGAUUGCUAA